GCUCCCUCGCGCCGGGGCAGGCGCCCAGCACCUAGGGGGAGGUUUGCAUUUCCUGCACUGCCAGCCUCUGCUUUCCUUACAGCCAGAGAAGAGGGAAGAAAGAAGCUGUUCCUGUUGGGUGACUCGCUGCAGGUCCUGCAGCUCCAGCCCAGCACCUGGCUGUGAGGAGCCAGCAGCCUCCUCCUCCCUGCUGCUCUCCACCAGCAUGGACACGUGGCGGAGAGGCUCCAUUAAGUCCACGACCUUCUUCAGACGCUUCUCACUCAGGAGGCACAAAAAGCUGGGCAACCAAGUCAUCCUCUUGAACCAGAACAGCCACACUCUGGACAGUGAUGGACAGUGCCAGAAGAGGGAAUGCCUGAGGGACCUGAAGGACAAGUCCGAUUACCUCUCGUGCCAGAGCGAGCAGAACCUGGCCAAGGCGCAGGCGCCUCCCAAGCCGCCCCGGCUCUACCUGGACAGCUCCAGCUGCCCCAACAUCAUCGACCACACAGACUCCCUCUCCGACAUCUCCUUCUCUGGUGCUGCUCAGCAAUACCACAAAGCCACUCAGACUCAGUUCCACAAGGAGCAGGCUACAGACUGCGGGAGCCCGGAGGCAGGCUCCCGGCACGGCAGCGCUCUCCCCGACCUCUCUGACCCCUUCCUGUCCUUCAAGGUGGACCUGGGGCUGUCGCUGCUCGAGGAUGUUCUGCAGACCCUCAGGAAACAGAACCCCAGGGAUUAUGCCAUUUGAGGGGCUUUAGCACUGAGCACAUUGCCCUGCUGCUGCCAGUUUCUCCAGCCCUAGGAGGAAGGAUGCUGCAGCACUCCUGCUGUGUGUGGCCUGUUCUGUUGUCCUCACCUCACCCCCCACAGACUCUCCUUGUCCUCGCCAAGGAGCCCUCUGGAGCAGAGCUCACAGGCUGCGUGCUCAGACCAGAGCUCAGCCUGCUGGAACCUCGUGGGCAAGCUUCCCCUGUGCACACCUGACUGCACAUCUGCUCCUCAUGGACAAAGGAACCGCUUGGCCAGAGACUUGCUCAGGGGAUGUGGCUGUGACCCUGCGGCACAGGGACAGCAGGGCACACGGCACAGCCUCUGUGGGUAAGCAGCUGGCACAGAGACAGCAGCACUGCACCUCAAAGCCAUAGCCACAGUGAGGACUGAGACACAAACUCUUCUUUCUCCUCCCACCAUGUCUGGAUGUGAAAAAUCAAAGCUGCUCUUCUUUUCUCUCUGUUGUUCUUGUGGGUUUCUCUUCCCCCAACUCCAGUGCAGUUGGCACUCCCAGCCUGGGCACAGGUAAGCACCCACCUAGGUGGUUUGUUUACCCUACUGGCAGGAGAAGGGAUGCUUCCAGAUGCUGCUGCUCGAAGCAUGCACUGAUCUAUCAGCUGUACAGAUGUGGAGGAAUAAAUGUCUGUGACUGGAAGUGUCUUGUUGCCUCAUUUCGCUGGUAGCAAGCCAGGAAGAGCCCAGGCACCAAAAGCACAACUGGCAGUAACCAAGACCUAUCCUCCCUGGCUCUGCCAGAGAGCUCUGAGUGAGGGUGGGAAGCAGUGUGGCUGUGCUCUCUGGGCUGGGAGAAGGCUGGAGCUUGGUCUUGCCUCAAGAAGUGUGCACAGCUCGGGCCAAGUGCCAGCUUGCAGAGG